AUAACUGCAUGCUUUCCAUAAAGUUAUUCAACCAAAAAAUAACAAGAAAAGAUCACAAGUGCAUAAUGUUUAGCUGAAUAAGAAUUUUGACGUUUUUAAACUUAUAACUAAUAACGUUUCCGGUGACUGACUUUGACUUCGAUAAGUGUAUUUUAUCUUUUUACACAUUACAUUAAUUAUUUAUCACUUAAUAAUAAUGACCGAAAAGAACUCAGGCGAAAAUUUCUUAAAUUUUAGAUUAAGUUACAGUUGUGUGAAAAGUUUCUUCGGUUAUUUUAGUACGAAUCAGCAUCAAGUUUGACAGAACCAAGCGAUGAUGAGGUUGCUCUUGGUCUUAGUUGCGGUGCAUCUAAAACUAUACUUCUGUCAAGCAGAAAAAAGAAUACGCCUGGAAGGUGGGGUAGGUGGACAACCACGAAGCGAAGGUCGAGUUGAGGUCUUCUAUAAUGGCUCCUGGGGAACAGUCUGUGAUGACAAUUGGAAUCUUAAAGACGCAAAUGUGGUCUGUCGUUCACUGGGUCUACCAAAUGCAACAAGUGCUCCUUAUUCAGCGUCUUUCGGUCCAGGAACUGGACCAAUAUGGAUGGACGAUGUACUGUGUAGUGGAAGCGAAUCAUCUUUAUUGGAGUGCCCGCAUAAAGGGUUUGGGUCACAUGACUGUGGACAUGCAGAAGAUGCUGGUGUUUCAUGCGGUUACCCGCCAUUGGUCAAGUUCACCAUAACCAACCUUACUGGAGAGAUCACAAGUCCCGGAUAUCCCAAUGCCAUGGAGCGAGCAAACUACGAGUGGUUUUUCAAGCCUUCUGUAAGACGGCCUGUGGCUGCUUUGUUCUUUGAAGAGUUCGACUUAACAAGAUUGAAUCGAGGGUCGAGUGAACUCAGCGUCAAGAAUUCAAAAAACGUCACAGUCAUUCACAUCAAGAACGAGAAAAGAAAGCCAAGAUCAGGAUGGAUAUUGAAAGAUCCCUGGAUGGUGCGUUUUUACUCGUUAUUCACCUUGAGGCGCAAGGAUGGACGUGAUGGUAGGGGGUUUCGUUUACGGUAUUUUGUCUUCAGUGACCUUGGUGAUAAAGAUUCAUGCCUUUCUAAUUGGGAUGUGCAAAUCGUGGCCGGGGUAGGAGCCCUCAAUAUAUCCUGGAGUCCUUUAACAAAAUCCCCAAAUAUCAAUUAUUUAGUCAUGUAUAAUGCUACGGGAAAAGACGUUCAAAACUUCACUAUGGUAACCAAUGGCACAUCAGUGAAAAUCACUCAUCUGCAAACAGAGACAUUAUAUUCAAUACAAUUGAUUGGUUUUAAUCCAACAAGCGUUAGUUCAGUAAUGUAUAGCUGUGCAAAGCUGAAAAAGACAAAAGCAGCCUCUUGGCGUCUCGUUGGAGGAAAGCAGCACAAUGAAGGCGUAAUUCUGAUGGAUUACGAUGACAAAUGGGGUACAAUAUGUGCAUCCAGCUGGGAUAUCAACGAUGCAAAAGUUGCCUGCCGAACCCUGAGGUUGCCCCCUGCACAAUAUGAAAUAACCCAAACAGGACAGUUCGAUGUUAGUAAUAAAAAAUCCUGGGUUAGCAAUCUACAGUGUCUGGGAAAUGAGAGCUCUCUGAUCGACUGUCCUCAUGGAGGCUGGGGGAAUCUAGAAGGAUGGUGCCGGUUUAAAUUCAUCGCUGGCGUCGUAUGUGGAUCACCAAACGUGACCAAGUUAGAUAUCAAAUCAGUGUUUGGAGUAAUUACGAAUCCAGGAUACCCAAUAUACAUGGAACAAGCCCACUAUGAGUGGACAUUCAAACCUACUAUACCACGAGCACGUGUAGUGAUGUAUUUUGAAAACAUCGAUUUGGGCCGCCAUGAUAAAGGCGUCAGCAAUCUCACACUUACCGAUCCUGAUGGAACACAGGUUUUGUUCAUCAAAAACCAGAAGAGACCAAGAAUCAGCUAUCGUUUCAACAAAACUCCUUUGAAAGUCGUUUUUUAUUCGUCAUUUACUAGUGGUAGAUUUACAAAAGGCUUUCGCAUGUUUUAUCUGGUAUUGGAUGACGCACAAGCCUCUUUGAGAGAAAAUUGGAGCUCCUCAGCGAGAAGUACCAGUCCAUUCUCCAUCCAAGUCCACUGGUCAGCAUUUAACAUCACCAAUAUGAAUCUUGUUGCAUAUCUAAUAACACAUGAAGCCAAGACAAAGCCGGGUAAAAUCUUCUACUCCAUCGCUGACAAAAAUUCUACCGUUAUAGUCAUCAAAGAUUUGGUGGGAUAUGCUCACUACAAAGUUAAGGUUUCUGCUUAUGUGAGAGAGAUUGAAACCGGGGUUUUGCGAUUGUACGCGAGUAAGCCUAUCGAUAUACAGACCUUAGAAGGAGUUCCAGUUCGAGCUCCACCAAACAUAACAAUAAAAUUCAUCAACUUCCGCUACGUUCAAAUCACGUGGAAUCCAAUCCCUCAAGAAUAUACGCACGGAAAUCUACUAGGGUACAACGUGUACUACCAGGACUAUUCACGCACCCACACAAAGACCAUCAUAACAACGACAACCAAUCAUCGCUACCUUGUGCUGGCCAAUCUUAUCCCUGCGAUGAAAUAUCACCUACAAAUCGCUGGUUUUACAGGCAAAGGUCAAGGUCAAAUGAAAAUCCUGUCAUUCAAAACAAAGUGCGGUAGCGUCAUUGAGGAUCGACUAGCAGGAACCAUAACAGUGCCAAGCAUUUCAUCUCGAUCCUGGAACUUCGAAUGCGAAUGGACCUUGAAACCACGGCACAGAGGGGCUUUGAUAGUGGUGAUGGUUAAUGUCACAACCUUACCGCCUUGGUACUACCCAUGUAGUCGUCUGUAUAUUGGUCUUAUCAAUGGUAACAAUCGUACUGUCGACAAAUUUUGUCUUCGGAGACAAUUGGUCAGCCUUGUCUCAUACGAAUCGGCUAAAGUACGUUUCCAUUCGUCGGGUAAUUCCUGGCCAUUCAAACGAGAGACGGCACUGCAUGCUUCAUACUUAAUUUUUAAAAAUGGCUUUGAUGAAGUGCAAUUGUAUCGAGAUUGGAACAUCACUGUCACAAAUCACAAUUCUUCGACCAUCAAUGUUCAGUGGGACGGGCUUUCAAAGAUUGGAUCAGAAUCUACCAGGUUCAUAGCUGUUUCCAUUUCUAAAGCCGAUGGUGCAGACAUUUCUGCAGGUUCUACGAACAGCAGCGAAACAAAGGUGCAAGUUGGGAAUCUUCAAGCAUAUACUGACUACAAAGUACAAGUGCUCGCUUUUCUUGGUGACUUGGAGAAUAUUGACCGGAAAAAGGACAUUUUAAAAAGUCAAAUGGUUAUGAUUCGAACUCUUAAGAAAGAUUGGAACCCACGAUUUCCAUCACAGCAUGACAAGAAGAACGCAGUCAGGAUGAGGGUGAAAGGACUUGACGUCUUACAGUGGAAUCAGUUGUAUGAUUUUACGUUUAAGAAAACAUUGGCUCAAGAGGUGACCAAAUUCUGCUCAACAAAUAAAAGAUGUCCUUCGCCCAGGAAAAGAUCAAAACGUUCAAUCAACGAUGACAUGAUCUUCACGAGUGAGCUAGUUCAUUUUCUGCCUGGCUACCCAAUGCAGACGGUUUACUCAAAAAACCCUGAAAACAUGAUUGCCGCUUUAGCAUUCUACCUUAAAUUCCCUCCAGAAUCUGGAAUGAAUUCCACGGAAGUUCUAUCACGGGGUGUUCUCUUAGAUGCAGUCACGACGUCUAUUGGUCCCAUCAGUAAAGCCAUAAAUAAGACAAUUUUGUUGGUUUCUACACACAGACCAGUAACUCCCCCACGAGCUCAGAGAUCAAAGAGUAAUAAAAAGGCUAUCAUUGGUGGAUCUGUAACUGCUGCUAUCAUUUUGAUCGUUAUCGUUGCUGCUGUGCUUGUUAUAAUUAGGGGACGCUUUGUUAAGAAACAAGACGACGAGGAACCCGUGAUCGAAAUGCAGAAUUCUGAGGCUGAACCCGAAGAAGAAGAAAAACAAGAAGAAAGACCACCAACGAGAAGCCAAAAGAACCAAGAGGGAAGAACACAACAAGAAGAUCAACAGGAACGACCCAAAGAUUCCCCAGACAAUCCUGGUGAACAGGGAGGUGUUCAGGUGGAAAAUCGAUGCAUGGAGAUUGAGAUAUAGAAUGCGGUUGUGUCGUGCCCUCUAUUGUUCCCUUAGAAAAUUAUUCUUCCAUUAUUCAUGCUUUUAGGAGCUGCUUUUAAAAGAAAUGAAUAAUUUUCCUCGCCUCCACUUUACUUUUUAUAAUCUUCCCUCUUCCUUCCCUUUUCUUCUCUCUUUCUCUUUCUCUUUCUCUUUC